UCAUGUGUGUAAUGGAUUUUCUUGUUAUUAACGGUGAUACUUAAGGCAAGCAUUACUGGUAUACGAAGUUAAGUUUAUAGAAUAACCUUGAAGAUUCGGACAAAACGCGUGUACACACAUUCACAAGUAGCGUGAUAACCCAUUAUCUGCAGAGUGUUCGCUAGUUAAAGUAUGAUUUUCAGAAAAUGAGCUCGUAUCGAAACUGGGACAUAACCGAUUACCAACCUUGAAUAGAAACAUAAUGAAAAGCAUAAAUCUACAAUGAAGUGCACUUAUUGUGGGACGGAAGGAAGCCAAACGCUAUGUUUGGUGUGUGGUGAGAAGACAGAACCUGCUUCGCGUUCAAAUGGAAAUGACACAUCAGAACGACCUCCGACUGAUAAUCGGGCGGUGGAGCAACAUGGAUCGCCUUUUGCCAAUAAUCCCAUACAGAAGUACCACAACACAGUCACACGGGAUGGUACACUAGACGAUAAGAUUCCACAUGAACAGUUUAAAAGCCACGAUCCUAACAACGGAGAUAAGGAUAAUUCACACAGCGAUGAUUCGGAAGAGUAUAUAACUUGCGAUAGUGGUGAUGUUUCAGAAGGUUCUUUUUACGAAGCAGACGAGGAGGUUAUGCAAUCGAAACUGAUUUAUUCCAGACAGACUUUAGAAAAUGACAAACACAUAGUAGAUGAACACACCAUAGACAUAAACAAUUCUCGUUCAACGAAGUUGCAGCAAACAAAAACAAUCGCUAUACAUUCAACAAACCGCGAAAUCGAGAGUCAAACUGGCAAGUACACCCCCGUUCCAAAUAUCCAGGUCAUUAAGAAUAGCAACACCACACACAGGACAAAAGAAACCAAGAACCAAACUACUGUUGACACCUUUCAAAUUGAACCAAUUGUGCCUGCGGUUGGAAUCACCUUCGGACCUGUUGUUACAAGGAGCAAGACGAAAAUUAGUGAGACACUGGUUGUCCGUUUCCAUGUUUAUGUAUCGAUUGAAAUGAUGAGCAAACCUGAAGAUCGAUUUUACAUAAGAUUUGGUUAUGACAAAUUAGAUGGAUGGAACAGCUUAAAGCAUGAAAUGAAAAAAGUUUGUCACGAAAAGAAAUAUGAAGGGAAAUGCUUCGAAUAUGAAUAUUCCAUUCCCAUACAGCGUAGGUUGCUUAAGAAUGGCAUCGAUUAUAAAUACGUUGUUGUUAACUCAAAGUCAAAGAAAGAACAUUGGGAAAAUUACAAAUCAAGACACCCCAAUCACAACAGACUACUAAGAGCAAGUGGUCUUUUUGAGACAUCUAAUGGCUUCUGGCAUCAGUAUGAUGGAAUUGUUCUUCCUGAAUCCGGGCUAUUCCAAAAGGCAUUAAGCUUCUUCGCUUCGGACAACAAGCACCUUGCGUUAGGUUAUUUAAAUGACCUUACUCCGGAGCUGUUUACCCGUCCGAUCAGUGAAGCAAACCGUUCAUCAAUCAAAGGCGACAUUGACCACUGUAUUAUGCUGUUUGAUGGAGUACUACGAGUUUAUGUUACUGAUAUGGAGUAUUGGAAAUCUACAGAUGAAUUUCACAGCGAGGUAACAAAACCCAAACUUGCUGCGGUCAUUGAUUUAAUUUCAAGCAAACCAUCAAACCAAAGAAGUGAAAACCGAGUUCUCCAAGCUUUGAGUGCAGUUGUUAUUUGCCAGUGCUUUGGAAUUGUUCUGAAAAUGGAAACAUGGGAACGCUUGUGUGAAUGUUUGCUUUUGUCAUUAGAUGCUGACAAUCAACAAGUAGUGGAAAUUGAAUCUAUUUGCACACAUUUUAGAGAAGUCAACAUUCCAAAGGCUCUUGUUUACAUCGUCAACUGUUUUAUCAAAUACAGCAACAGUGAUAAACCUUCGUGGUUAUUUUGCCUACCUCUUCUGCACAUCACAUCUGCUAUCUGUACACCAUUCAAUGAACCAAACCGCAAUCUAGAUAUUCAAUCGGAAAAGUGGUGGGGAACAGACCAUGUGCGCGAAGUUGCAUAUAAAACAAGUUUACGAAAAUGUAACCAUGAAGACGUCAUUCGGAAAUUGAAGCCUCUGUACAAAAUGGACUGUUAUCUAUCAAGAUCAAUCGCAAGGACUUUAAGCACACAAGAUAAUAAUGUUUUCAUUUCUGAUCUACUUUCUUUGGAAACAGUGUGUGCAAUUUUACUUCAACGGACUCGAGAAAAAAUCAAGAUGGAUGAAGCGUUUGAAAAUGUCACCAUUCGCCUGCAGAGUAAAUUAGAUGACAAUGAAAGUUCAGAAGAACAGUGUUGGCUUGCGUACAAAAUAACGUUUGAGUUGUUUGUUCAACACGAGUGGAAACUUAACCUCAACUCGAUGCUGACCUGUGUGCACGUAUUUCUGCACUGUGUCGCGCGAUAUGACAGACGACUUAAAGAUAGAACAUCACAUACAAACGUGAACUCUGGAAAACCGGCAGAAUGUGAACACUUGGAAUAUUUGAACAAAAUUGCAGAUAAAUGUUUGACUCGUCUAUGCACUAUUACUCACAUGCCUUUGCUGGAUCGACUCAAGGCUUGGAAUCUUGCGUUUCCUGAAACUUUACCGUCCGAGAUUGUACUCGAAAAAUGGAUUGCUAAGGCUUCAAAUAUAUUUGAGACACAUUUUUAUUCUCGUGUCACGAUGUCUCAAACCAACAGGGAAGCGUUUCUAGAGCACUAUUGUUCAGGAAAUGGAAGUUACAGCCAGCCAAUGCACACAUGCCUUAGCACCGUGGCAUUUAAGGUUAUUGAGAGUGGCAAUCUGAAUAUAAACGCUUCCCGAAUGACACAAUCAGGGAUUCCGAAGUAUGCCGAUCUUAUGUCAAAACUGUUCCUUAAACAAUGGGGACCGUUUUCGAGUACAACUGAUGUUUAUGCUGUUCUGGAGCAGGCUUUGACAUGGGUACCAAUGAAGCAGUUCAUUGAGCAUCAUCAUACACACACUGCUGAUCCUGAGAAAAUGUGUCUCUUGACCAAGCAAACAGCCUCACAACUGUCUGAUAUCUGCUGUGUGUUGCAAGACUUUGGGCAGUCGAUAAUCGACGGGACAGUAACUGUUGAUUUACUUGAUUUGAUAAGCAGACAUGAAAACCAGUUCUGUAAUAUUUACGUGUGUUUAAAUGAUGUAAAUAUGGCUUUGCAAAUUGAAUGCAGAAAAAAAGAAUUACACGCGUUUAAACAACAAGCUGGUCUGAUGCAAGAGUUCGUUAACAAAUGCCAACACGAUCAAGUUGAACAAAUCCGUGACAUUUUAAAUAGAACAAUCUGGAAUCAAAAGAUGUGUGACCUUUGUGAUACAAAUAAGUGUCAAAAUGUUACAUUUGCUGGUGUAUAUGUUCCACAAGUGUUAGCCUUUGCUGCAUUUCCAAGCGUGGUUGAUAUUUUAGAAGAAUUUUCUGAACGCCAAAACAGUUAUUUAUUCAAGGCAUUUUGGGAUCAACGACGCACGUAUUUAAAUACCAGCGGCCUGUCCAUUGAUGAAAUUAUUGACCAAGUAUGGCUUCCUGUAGAUGAACUUUGGCAGUCGUUUGGAAGAAAAAUUGAGUCGCGAACUAUGUUAUUUGAAACAUUUCAACAAAACCUUGGGAAGGUCUUUGAAAACGAUGAUGAACGUCUUGAGCAGGAAGUUAUGGCAUUCGGGUUACAUCAAGCCGUGGCUUUUGAAUGUGUGCAGAACUAUAAUGAUCUUCGAAACAUUGAAUCAAGCAUUGCCAAUGCAUCGCUUUUUUUAGAAAUAAAACAACACCUUAAUCUUCGUGGUGAUUUUUUCAACCUAGAGGAAAUUUCCAACUUUUCAGAAAGAAAAUUUGAACUAGAUAAAGUAGAUGAACAUGUAAUGCAAUCAUGUGCAACCCUGAUGUCAAUUACAGUCGAGGAAAGAGAUUGUUUAAAGGCGUUCAUGAAAUGCAAGCCACUUAUAACCUGGCUGCAACAAUCUAUGGCUGGUGAGGAACUUAAAGUUUUCAUUGACUUAGCCAUGAUGUCGGCAGGCGAUGAGCCAAUAAAUAUUGGGAAAGUACAGUGUCUACAUUCGGCUGUUACUGGAUAUUCACCACUUAUUUUCGAGCUGGACGCAAACAGUAGUUACACGCAGCUUCUAGAUAAAUGUAAAACGGUGUGGAAAGAGUUGCAGACAAAUCCUGAAUUGCCAAACCAAAUCAUCGACACAAACAGCCAAUUGGCGUGGCUCGAAGAAAUAAAAAAAGCUCACGGAUCUGUGGAAGUCACGUCACUGAAGCAAGCGGAAGCAAUUAACAAUGACGGAAUGUACAUAGUUGGCAUCGAUGCCGAGGGUGGUUAUCAAGGGGAAAAAAUGACGGAACAUGAUAUUCUUAGGCUUGUCGUCCCUGAAAAAGAUGGAGAACGGCAAUAUCGUCGAACCUAUUCGCUAGCGGAUGUGCAAGAUUUACACAGCAGGAUAAUGCUUGUUUCUGGCAAAAAUUCACAAGAUACUCAAGAAAAAGAAGUCGAUGUUGACAUGUUCACGUUGAUUUUUGACAGCGUGACACGAGUAGGACUCUUAUACAGACAGUUAUGUGAAUCAGGUUGUGUGUUGUUCUAUAAUUUCAAAGCUGAGUUUAUGUGCAACGAUACGGACAGACCAGUGUGUGUAAAUCUAGAGUUUAUUGAUAGAGAUGCGGUUCUUCCUCUGAAGGGCCGGAGGUCGACCACAAACGAAGGUCUGAAAGAGAUGAUUCCUGAGAUUGCUAAAUGUAUGGAAACCUUUUUAAAAGAAUGGCUGCAGUACAUCAAGACUAAACGCGAAGAAUAUAAUCAUCUAAAUUAUUUCACCAUUGGACAGCUCAUUAUACUUCAAAGGGAACUAGUGAAAGAUGAAGGCUACAUUUCGAAUGCAGUGUUUCCUCUCUUGUCGGCCAUAAAACAAAACUGUUCACCAGAUGAUUUGAAAUCUGCAAUGACAAAGGCGCAAACAGAGGUGGUUGCAAAAUCUCAAAAACAUGCAAGUGAUGCAACUUCAACAAGUACCAAUAAUCAAGAGACAUUAAGCGAUACUGAAACUAGGUUCCUUUGUGAACUUAAGACUGCGAAGAUUGACGAAACACUUGCAAGGAGGUAUAUACAGCAUGUCCGGAAAUCGAAAGUCCAAUCAUUCAAUGUCCAAACAGCAAGGCAGUGGUGCAUGGUAGAACGCGCAAAAGAGCGCAGUGCGCCUGUAAAAGAAGAAACUGUGCAAGAAAAGCCUAACACCUGGGGUUCUUUGUCAAAUUAUCUAACAGUGUCAUUCGGUUCACCAAUCAAUGUUGGUUCAGCGCCUCUGAUCAGCGAUCUACAGCAAUGUUGGAAGAGUUUUCUUGGAUCAGUGUCCGCACCUAAUAGCGACUACCUGAGUCUUGAACAUUUGGGCAUCAUUCUAAGACACCUUGCAGAAGAAGACUGUUACGAGCGGGUGCUGCCAGAAAAUUUUAUUAAGGGUCAACCUUAUCUUAUUAUGUGUAAAAAGGAAGAAUUGAUGCUCAUGACAUUAUCAAUUUACAUGCUCGACGAAGCUCAACCAUUGCCGAGGUCAGAUGAAAUUUUGCUGUGUACCGAUCAAACUUCUUUUGAUGAGGUUGAAAUAUUUUUACGACGUGCGAUGGUUAUUGGGGGUGGAAAAAUACAUUGCCUCGUGAAUGCUGAUGUGCUGGGAUAUGAAACCAGUGCCUUGGCAAUUCAGCUCAUCAAAGACAAUAUACAAAGCUCAAAAAAGAAAGGCCAGUACAGGCUUUUUGUUAUUUGCGAGUCAAGUAACGAAAAUCGGUCAUCGUUUGGAAUCGCCUUACACAAGUAUUUACAACGAAUGCAGCCACCGGACUCCGAGAAACUGAAGUCAUAUGUAUUUAAACAUUUGACCGUUCCAAACAGCAGAAUGCAUUCUGCAGCAGUAGUGGAGCUUAACAGAUCGUCUGUACGAUUGGUCAAGUCUAAUCGUGCCGGGGUUGGCAAGUCACUCUAUGUGAAACGGGUUGGUGAGCGCCUCGUAACUAAAGCCAACGAACUCAAGUUAGAGACAAACCUUGUAUCAAUACCGUUACAAGAAAAACGAAUAAACAUUGAUGAAGUAGUAAAAGUAUUGAAGAAACAUACCCCGCUUCCCGGUGUGAAAUAUCCCAGACUGUUUCAUAUCGAUAUCUCAACUGAGGUCGAAGAUGGUUUAGAUUUCUUCCUGUUCAACCUUUUGAUUCUGAAAUGUGUUGUCAACACGCAAGGCUAUGUUUGGAGAAGAGACGACGAUGACCUGUAUCUCAUAGAAGCAAUGCCGAUGCUGAAGAAAAGUAAUAGCAAUUCACGAAUGGAUUACAAACAUCCAGUGUUUAGCAUAUUACCCAAUGUAAUAUGCAAGUCACCGCAAGAAUGCCUAAUUGAAUGUGAAGGCCAUCGAAACAGUGACAAAAAAGAAGACUUACCUGAACAGCGUUUCGAUGAAACAAACUUCAAAAGCGUGGAGUUUCAACGCGCGUAUGAAUAUCUUUGCAAGUUAGAUCAGACACAAAAAGUGGUGUACUCAACAGAGUUUGCUGACCCACCAACACGUUGUUUAAAUGUUUUAUUGGGGCGAUGUGGCAUAGUUAACCCAUCGUGGUCAGAGAUACAACACUUUGUAUCUUUCCUGAACACACAACUCGUUGAUUAUGAACAAAACCAGUUUGUGAGCUGUGCUGCAGAAGAAGAUCUUCCUGGAUUUUCCAUUUUUGUUCUGCGGUUCCUGAUACAGAUGUCAAAGGAUUUUGCUACGCGUUCACUCAACAUUAGUGAAGAUAAUUCUGAUAACAUGGAAUCAUCGCCGAACGUUGAACAACAAUCUAACGGCGAUGACAUUAGUGAAGAGAACCCUAAAUCAGGAUCUACUGUUAACGAUGACACGGUGCUCAGUCGCUUCGAGUUUAGGAGAACGUGGGAGACAAGCCCUCAUCCUUACAUUUUAUUCAACUUUGAUCGUGGGUCAUUUACAUUUCUUGGCUUCAACAUCGAAAACUCAACCGGUGAUAUGAUUGACGUUCAAACCAAUGAAGUGUUGGAAAAAAGUAUCAUGCAAAAACCGUUGAUAGAUGGUCUGACAAGAAAUAAGGUUCCACUGCGUGAAAACGCCGACGUCCUACACAGAACAGAGAAACUCAAGAAGUUGUGUACCGUAAUGGGUGUUGAGAAAAUCCACGAUCCGGACCCAACUUACGAAUUAACGAUGGACAAUAUAAAGAAAAUACUGGCAAUAUAUAUGCGAUUUAGGUGCGGCAUACCAGUUAUAGUGAUGGGAGAGACCGGAUGUGGUAAAACGCGUCUUGUGAAAUUUAUGUGUGAUCUGCAAUGUCCACCUGGUAGUAGGACCAAAAACAUGAUACUUGUAAAGGUACAUGGAGGAACGACGAAACGCCAUAUCAAGAAAACCGUUCAACGGGCAGAAGAAAUAGCAAAUCAAAAUGUAAACGAACAUGGCAAGCAGAUGUAUACCGUUCUCUUUUUUGACGAGGCAAAUACCACAGAGGCCAGUGGUAUUUUUAAGGAAAUAAUGUGCGACAAAUCCAUCUGUGGAAAACAAAUAGAGAUGUACACUAACCUCAAAAUAAUCGCAGCAUGCAAUCCAUAUAGAAAACACCCUGAUAAUUUUAUUGAACAACUGGAACAAGCUGGUCUUGGCUACCACGUAGAUGCCAGUGAAACCACUGAUACCCUUGGGAAGGUGCCCAUGAGGCGUCUGGUGUACAGAGUACAGCCACUCCCUCAAAGUUUGCUUCCCCUUGUGUGGGACUUUGGUCAGCUUAACACUGAAGUAGAAAAGUUAUACAUACUGCAGAUUGUCAAGCAAUGUAAAAUGGUCAUCGAAAAUGAUCGCAGAUACAGAGGAGGCCUUACAGAAUCAUUAAGUGACAUUCUUGCAACUGCACAGCAAUAUAUGAGAGAUCGAAAGGAUGAAUGCAGCUUUGUUUCACUGAGAGACAUCGAGCGAGUAUUAUUGGUAAUGACAUGGUUCUACAAAAUCAGCGAACACCUGUAUCCGCUCAUAGAUUUAAAACAGAUGAGACAAGAAAAAAAUGUCUUGACUGCAACAACCUACAAUGCCAAGGUGGACCAACUCGACAAAUUAACCAGAAGUUUGAUUCUUGCACUUGGCGUUUGCUACCAUGCAUGUCUUAAAGAAAGGGGUGCUUUUAGAACAAGUAUUGCUGCCGCGCUUAAAAGUCCAUUCCAGUUGCCAGGAGGAGCAGAAAGAAUAUUACAAGAAAUUGAAAAUUGCCAAGAUGUUUUUCUUGAUAAUGUGUUGCUGAAUAAGAAUAUUGCAAAAAACACUGCGUUGAGAGAAAACGUGUUUAUGAUGGUCGUUUGCAUUGAGCUGCGCAUCCCUCUCUUCCUUGUUGGCAAGCCUGGAAGUUCUAAGUCGCUUGCCAAAACUAUCGUCGCCGAUGCAAUGCAAGGCAAAAAUUCUAGAGGAGGAGAUUUAUUCAAGCACUUUAAGCAGGUGCAAAUGGUUUCCUUUCAAUGUAGCCCAUUAGCCACAUCCGAGGGCAUCAUUGGAACCUUCAGACAAUGUGCUCAGUUUCAAAAGGACAAAGAUCUCCACAAGUUCGUGUCUGUAGUUGUCCUUGACGAAAUCGGGCUGGCAGAAGACAGUCCCAGAAUGCCAUUAAAGACAUUGCACCCACUUUUAGAAGAUGGAUGUGUUGGAGAAGAAACGCCAGAAAAAUACAAAAAGGUUGCAUUUAUCGGCAUUUCGAAUUGGGCAUUGGAUCCAGCAAAAAUGAACAGAGGAAUUUUAGUACAGAGGGAGGUGCCAGAUCUGGAGGAGUUAAAAAACAGUGCUAGAGGAAUAUGUUAUUCAACGGACGAACUGUAUCGGCUUUUCAUCGAACAAUGGAUAGAGCCUCUUGCAAUCGGAUACAUAGAUGUUUUUAAUUUGGCAUCAGAGAAGCGAGAAUUUUUCGGACUAAGAGACUUUUACAGUUUAGUGAAGAUGGUGAACCGAUUUGUAACUGAACAAAAAAGACAGCUAUCACGGUAUCAAAUAAUACAUGCUAUAAAACGCAAUUUCGGCGGACUCGACUCUUUAAACCCAGAACAAAUUUUCAUGAAGCAUUUGGGGCAAGAAUUUGGUGAGCCGACGAGCGACGAUCCAGACUGCAGUGCAAAAGGGUUAAUAGAAGCAUGCCUUUCUGGAAAUGGAACAAGUGAAACUGAAAAUAGAUACUUGCUACUGUUGACGGAAAACUAUGGGUCGUUGCCGAUGAUCCGACAAAAGUUCUUCAAAGACCAAGACAAAAGACCAAUUAUUAUUUUUGGCAGUCAUUUUCGCAGCGACCGGGAAUAUACCCAGGUGUGUCGCAAUAUAAACAAGAUCAAGGUAUGCAUGGGAACUGGAAAAACAGUUAUUUUACUAAACUUAGAGAAUUUGUACGAAAGUCUUUACGACGCACUGAACCAAUACUAUGUUACAUUCGGCAACAAAAGAUACGUAGAUCUUGGUCUCGGCACACACAGGGUAAAAUGCCAUGUUCAUCAGAACUUCAGGUUAAUUGUUGUUGCUGAGAAGCAAACAGUCUACAAAAGAUUUCCAAUUCCUCUGAUCAACCGUUUGGAAAAGCAUAUUAUAACCGGCAAUACGAUGCUAGACGAAGAACACUUGGCAUUGGCUAAAAUACUUCAAUGCUGGGCAAAACAGUUAAGUCAAAGCAAAGAAGCUGAUGUGAUUAUUGGCUUUCACGAUGACGCGUGUUCUGCAAGUGUAAUGCACGUUACUGACCAGCUUCAAGAUCGAGCGAGUGCAGGAAAAAUACUUGAAAAAGAAAAAGAACUGCUUUUAUGGUGCGUUACACCUGAUUCCUUAUGGCGGGACAAUGGUCUCGAUCAGCAGGAAAUGGAUGCACUUAGAAAAGUGUAUUUUCAUCAACAGGCGCAUGAAAGCCUAAUAUCAUACCUACGCAAAAUGAUUGAGACCGAUGGUGUACAACAACUGUUUGUACAGAUAACAUGCCAUUCUAAACUUCUACCAGACAACUACGGUUUUGAAAUUACAAACAAAUUAUCAUCUAUUCGACACGUAGAGAUAGUCUCCCUGUGUGCAUUUGAUACAGAACAACAAUUCUGUACUCGCAUACGGCAUUUUCUGGAUAGCGAUUCAGCCCCACGUUUACUUAUUGUCCAAUGUGACUCUGGUGACUAUAAUGCCAAUCUAGUGGCGUGUGCAGAAAACUGUGUUUUGGAUGAAUUCGAGAAAAAGAUGGAAUGGCUCCGGGAAGCUCCCGUGCAUGUCGCUUUUGUAGUACAACUACCACGAAAGAUCGGAGGAUGUUUUACAGGUUUUCAGUGCGGCAUUUGGCGCUGCGUUCACAUUGAUGAUGUGUAUGAAGAAGAGCCUGGCUUUCCCAAACUCACAGAUAUGUUUGGUAAAACCAUCGGAAAUCUAUUACUGAGUGGUGACCAUGGAGACAUGCCUGAAACCGCUUCAAGUGAGGGUACAAUUCGUUUAGAUGGGCUGAUAGUUGAAGCUGUGCCAUCAGCGCUUUCACUAAUUCACGAAAGACAUGCGGACGUGCAGCGAGCAACCCAACGUUUGUGUGUUAUUCAUAAAUGUCUACAACGUUCGGAAACUAAUUAUGAUUUGUUCACACGAGGCAUUCUUAAGAUUGUUGGAGAAAUUAUUACAGAAAAAGAGGAAAAAAUUGAAAGUUAUUUGGCACAGAAAUGGAUUUCUCGAGUCGCUGUUUCAAAUGAAAAUAUCUUUCAAAAUGGAACGUUCAGACAAGCAUGCUAUCAUUCGAUAAUAUCAAAAAUCUCCCCUGUUCUUGCAUAUGUCAUAGCAUUCUUAGACACGAAUAACAAUCUAGAUCUUGCUCUGAGUGAUGAACCAUGGAAAAGGGACUUUUGGUUGCGAUGUAUAACAGACAAGAAAAUCGUAAAUCUUAAGUAUGAUGGCCUUUUGUCACCAAAAGACAACAAGGAACUUAGAGAAAUGGUUGUUCCAAAUGUUGGAUGCGAAGGCCAUGCAUUUCAAUUGCUUUUUCCAUUCUCUUGGCUGAUAACACAGAUGACAGAAGAACUUUUUCAAAAUUCUGCACACGAUUUUUCGAAUGACCGCAUCAACUUGAACGCACAAUUGCUCAUGGAUGGAAAAUUUGGAGCAGUUCUCGCUACUUUGGACAAAGAGGAAAACCAGCUAGAUAUCAUAAAUGACUACAUUCAUGACUUUGUGCACAUGGUGUAUAACCCUAAAGGUGGUGAAACAGAACGAAAUCUUGUAACAAACAUAAUUCAAUCAGGAGCUGAACGUUUAUACGGUCAAAACAUACCGACAAAUGAUGUACCUGGUCUUAUUCGACAUAUUGUGUGUGUUCGCUUCGCCUUUGAGGCUGAGUCGUACAGGCUUAAAUGCUUCAGAAAUAUCAACGAAGUCUGGCCAGAGUGUAGCAUUCAAAUAUCCAAGAUUCAAGCAAAAUCACCCGAUUUCUUAUUAUGCGAUCAACAGUUACUGGGGACAAUAGGCCUUUUGGCAUCAUACUUAGCACCACCAUUCCUUACAAAUAAAAAUCAGACUAGAACACAGUGGCUUGGUCAAGUAUAUAGAAGUCGAUACAUUGUGGAGCAUGUUUUUAGCGUAUGUCAGGCGGGUCAUGAUGUGCCAAUUGACAAAUACUCCCAAGCAAGGGCAGGGUGGAGUCGAAUUUUAAUGCUUAAGCUGUUCAUAGAAAACUUAUUUCCGGACGACAGAGAAGAUAUUCUUACGAACGAAGAGUGCAGUGAUUUGUGGAACAUUUUUGAUGCAGACGUUAAUAUGAAAGACUUGAAAUCAUUUGAAAGUUUGGAAGGAUUUUUGGAAACCUGUAACAUCAUAGCUGUUACGAAAACUAUUGCAUUUGGCGCGACGUGUUCUCGCUGCGAAACCUUAAUAACAAUCCCUCCGACUGUUUUGCCAUGCGCCCAAAAACAUGUGAUAUGCAAAACUUGUUACAUGGAAAUCAAGACGAAUCUAAACAAGUGCCCGCGAUGCAAGCAAGCAUUUCAGGUCGACUGGGAACAAUUAGAAACUAACAAAAAAGAAAUCGCACGUUUGGAAGUGUUUCAGAAACAAUGCAAUACGUUUUUUCUGGAUGUUGUAACACAGUUGUGUUUUUCUGAAGAUAUACCCCCGUCGAAAGAAGUUCUAUCAAAACUAUUUGGUCACGUCACCUGCACAGGGAUAUCCGGCACAACAUAUAUAAAGAAUCUAAGUCUGUUUGAUACUGGACUGGAUCCGAAUCCGGUCUUCAGAUCAUUCUUGUUGCAGCUUAUAUUUAAGUUUAGCGACAUAAAGUGUGUGACGGAGUAUAUUAAGCAAUUCAUCCAAAAUUCACAAUCGUCAAAUGAAGAAAACAAUCUGAUGGGGAUAUAUUUUCUCAUCGUGCAAUGUUAUGAGGAUUUUCGACGUGGACAUUUGGGAAAAGAUGACGACUCGGAUUAUAAUGAAGUAUGCAAACGGAUCACCGAUGCACAAGAGCAAUUCCAGAAAACUGAACACCCAUUAGAGAUCGAAGACGUUACCAAACUGCUGUUUUGUAUAGGAGAUGUACGUGUUUGUUUAGGAAUCGUAGGAGAAUACAUGGCCAACUUGUUUUCAAAAAAUGUUGAUGUCAACUUGGGGAAGUCAUCUAUAAUAAUUCAAAAAGCACGAAAUCUGUGUGAAAAGAACGAUUGGCCCAGAGUUUUCCUUGCUAAACAAUUGUGUCGUGGAUAUGGAAUAGAAGUGUAUCGAGGGAUUUGUAACUCUUCAAGUGGAGAUCUGAAGUGGUUGGCAUAUAACUCAGCCGGAGAUCUGGUGGCCGAUUCUGACAGAUACAUUGUGUGUGGUACAAAUUACACAAAUGUUCGACAGGCAGUUUCAAAAUGCCUUCAACAAUCUACAGAAAUAAAAAAUUUGGAAAUAUUGCUAGAGAACAUGAAAACAAAGGACUCGAAUUAUCCGAUCUACGUUCAACUUGCCAUUCACAGACUUGUGACGUGUGCUAAUGCUAUAAAUGCAACAACUGAUUCAGAGGAAAAACUCAACUUGCACCAGUUCUUUGCAGACACUAGCCUGAUUGAAGAUAAGGUCGUUAUGUUAGGAUUAUUAAAAAAUAACCUCCAACCUAACUGUCUCAAAAUUGAUUCUCGAAAAGAUGCUGUUUACUUUGGUCUGCAGUGUUUGCUCACACACUUCAAAUUUGUGCUGUUAGCGUGUCCACAUCCGAACAGUUUGAUGAAACCUUUCGUAGCCUUGAUGAACGGCGAUGCGUGUAUUGAGAACAUGUUCUUACCUGCCAUGCCAGAUCGUAAUUCUGACGAAAUAUUGGACGCAGCAGGAUUUGCUGAAAUGGUUUACGAAUGUCCAAACGGGCACAAAUACUUAAUCGGAGAUUGCGGUCGUCCUUACUCUAUGGGAAAAUGCAAUGAAUGUGGUGCCGAAAUAGGCGGGAAGGGCCAUGUGGCGCAUAAAGCUAAUAAACUAGACAAUAGUGCCUUGGGACACACUCUGGGUGAAGCAACAGAAAAAGGUACAAUCAGUGACAUAAGGAACCUCAACAGUACAUACGGCACAGUCGUCAGAUUUCUGGUUCAUAUGGCGAUGUACUUAGGCCCCGUUGAAAAAGUUCAAGCUGUUAUUCGUUCUGAACUAGACACCAAUCAUGUUGCAACGUUUCUGUUAAACCACAUGUAUAAAAAUAUCAAAGAUCUUUAUCAACUGAUCGGUCUGGGAGCAGACGAUGUAUUUUUACUUAUGCACCAUCUCCUGCAUCACGUGGCGUUGAAAAUCGGUCCAGUAGGAAUUCGGUCGAGUUAUGCCAAUGUGGAAACAAAACAAUAUCGUGGCUUGUGGGAGUCAGAGUUCUCACAACAGGUUUUGAAGGACGUUUUAUCGAAUUUGACUGUUCUGACCCACCUGAAUCAGCGUUUGGCCACAGAUAACCGACCAGGUGAUCCUCUGAUGAGUCGAAUAUAUGAAACAGAAGGCUCCGAAGUGUUAAACCCAGAUAAUCUGCUCGAGGACUCUCGCAUGUGGAUGUAUCGAACACCGACAACAAUCGAGCAUAUGCUUCAAAAGCUUGAAUCUGUUUGCUCGAAUGUUAAACGGUACCCCGUUCUACAGCUCUUAAUGAAGAAGGAUAAGAUUUUACAGGCUCUUCGUUAUGUUCCGAACAUUCUUAACCUUGUUCGCACUCUUCUCAAUCGAUAUUUGAAAAAGAUUGACAAAGUUGAAGCUUUAAAUGUGAAUAUAAAAACAAUAAAAACAGAAAAUUCAGUACCAGAAAUACACAACUGGAUUACUGCGUUUGAAAAAGCAUGGGAAAUUACAAGACCAUCACUUAACAUGCACGUGUGUCGCACUGGAAACGGUAUCGCCGAUUUUCCAAAAGAAUUUUGCAGCAAAAGCAUAACGGACGAAACGCCGCUUGCAGUGCUUCUUCCUUCUACGGUCGGACCAGGCCUAUGUUCGUAUGCAAUGCUGGACUUUCUAUUCCGAGAGCAGAAUGCAUUCUUGGAUGACUACAUUCGUAUGGCAGGGAUAAAAGACAUCAAACACCCGUCUGUGAAACCGAUGGCCGUGACAUCAACACAUCUGAUCAGCUAUGACCAUGAUCAUGACCUCCUGCCACUGGUUCUGGCAAAUUGUCGUUACUCGUUUGAAGUAGGAACCCAAACGAAUAUAGAAUACGACUUUGAUGGAAUGGAGCGGCAGUUAAUGGACAGGCUUCUCAAUUCAAAGUCCAAGAUUGAAAUCCAACAAUACCUUAAGAUGGAUCUAAUGGUCUACAGAACAGAGAUGUCGAAUAGCUCUGUUUUCAAAAGGCUUAAUGAAAUAAUUAAACAAGAACCUCUGAACUUUACAUUGCGUAACCAAAUAAUAGAGGAAUUCCACCACGUACGCGAUGCGUGUACAUCAAUUGACAAGUUAGACAUUGCUAUAAGUUUCUUGCAAACUAUUGGAGGUGAUCCAAACAUGCCGCUGACAACAUUCAUGGAGAAUACUAUACAGAUGAAGAACGCCGUUCAUGGACAGAAGGUUCAACAGUUUUGCCAGCUGAAACACGCCAAAGCAUUGUGGUUGCUACUCUCAUUCCAAAGAUCAAAACUAUUGGUCGAUUAUUUGGGUGACAUACAGGAUGUGUUUACCACAUUGAGGACUACGCAUUUCGAGCAAAUUCUAGCGGAGUCACAGGUUGCCUUCACGGAAUACCUUAAUUCAAUGAGCUGCGAAAGGCUGUUUAAUAUCAUGGAGGUCCUUCAUGAAUUUCUGCUUCUGAGAGUUUCAAAUCCAGAAAACCCUGAGGAUGCGGAUUUUGUGCCAACCGAAAGCACGGGACUCUUCGUCGGAUUGAUGGCGUACAACGAAGAACUCGAAACGACGGACCUAGAUUCAUUCUUGUUAGAAUCCGCGCCUGCUAACAUAUUGUACAAACACAGUGCCGAGGCCUGGAAAAUGAUUUACAAUGCAUUUAAAAAGAAAAAGGGUGAAAUCAGACACUAAAUGUAUUACAUCCAAGUUCGUGCCAUUAUUGGGAACUAUAUGAGUGUAUAUAAUUGUGACAAAACGUGGCUAGAAUGAUGCUAUUUAGUUUUGUUUUCGUAUUUGCGUAUAUGCUUGCUUUCCAAUGUAUUAAACUUUAUGUGCUGAUAAUCGUCUAUAAUAGGUGGUAUUUGCGAUUUUUUUACAGAAAAUAAAAUGAGUGUUUAUUCUUUAUGGUUUAGGAGCAAUAAUGACUUAAGUUAUGUUUUGCAUUAACAAGUUCAAUUUAUAUUAAUGUUUUUGAUUUGAGUGAAUUUCUUUAAGGGUGUAUUAUAGUGUUGUUUGGUGUGCUUAAUGUUGUAUUAAAAUUUACACUAAAAUUAAACAAAAAAAAAUGUUUCAAAUAAAAAGUAUAUCGCACAUUUGUGUGCACUGUAUCGGUUCUCUUUACUAUGCAUGUUCCACUUUAUUGUAUUUAAAUUUUAUUUGCGUUAGCAUAAUGAAUGUUUUUUUAUUAUUAUUUAUGUUCUUAUAAUUAUUAAAAUGUCUUGUGAAAAAUGCUCUUUACGAGAAAUUGUAGACAUUACAGUCAAAUGUGAUACCGUUAUUGCGAUUGAUACGAAUGCAUUGUGUAGUUUUGUAUUAUAUAGUGUGGUCAUCGAACAGUUAAUAAUGUUAGCGUUAAAAUUGAGUCGGAUGUAUAUAGUCUGUAACUUAAAUUGAACAUGCCACAGCGCUGCCUAAUUAGAAACUGAUUUUAUUUUAUUAAUGGUAUUGGAAUUAUUAAUGGUAUUUGAAAUACGUUGGCGAUUACCCAUUUUAGAGACUCUGCAUCGUGUUAUCUUAUUUUAUGUGAUAUUUAUCCAUUCAUGUCGCACACGAAUGCGGUCUUAUAGUCCGUAAAAACUUUGUUGUGGUCAAGUGCAAAUUGGAUUGAUUUUUAUAUAAAUAGUGUGUUGUUAACAAACAAUAUGCAUGGGAACGUAUGUGGAUUUAAACAAAUCAUGUGCAGUUUUAUUUGUAAAUAUUUGUUAUUGAUUGUAGACACGUUUGCCUUUAACAGAGUGAUGGAUACAUUAUAUGUUAAUAGAAAAUUGUUGUAUUUUGUUUUUAUGGUUUCCGGCAUGAACUUGCAUGUGAGAAAACUAAAAAUACAAUUGCAUUGUAAAUAUGUGUAUUGUUAAUUAUGUUUCGUAUUUCAAUUGUAGUGUUUUACUGUGUUGAUGGUUAUGUUGUAUGUACAUGUGUUUGCAAUUGUUAAAAAAAAUAUAGCGAAUAUGUAUAGCAAAAAAUGAAACGUUUUACUUUUUCAACGCACAUUAAAUUUAUUUCCAAUGUAUGUUUAUCAGGUUCGGUUUUGUGUUAGCAUAACUAACAUGGGACCUGUAAUUCAAUUUGCACGUUGAGAUUUUUAUGUUGAUGUAUUUGAUAAGGAAAUACGUAUCAUUUGUGAUUGUGCGGUAGACUGUUGCAUAAUUAAAUUGUUUGUUUUGAUUUGAUAUGAAUGCAAGUUGUAGUUUGUGUAUUCUGUAUUAUGAUAAUCCAAUAGACAUGCAGUUUUAAUACCAGGCUAUUUAAUUUAGUGCAAUUCAUAGGUUAAAAUUCUUCUGCGGCAAAGUGUUUGAGUGCUAAACACUCUUAAUACACGAGUGUUUACAGUGUUAUGUAAACCAACAAUUUGCAUAUGUAUGUGCAGUGUCUAUACUUAUAUCUUUAUUGAAUUCGGAAUCGUUAUAUUCUUAAAAAUAUUGAUUUGAACGUUCGAGUGAGCACAUUGAUUGUACUUAUGUAUGUUUAUAUUUAAUUAAGUCUGGAUUUUUGUCUGCUUGAAUGUUUGCAUUGUUAUUGUUUUUCGUAACAGAAAAAGUGUGUUGAUGUGUAUGACAUGCUGUUAUUAUUCAAUAAUUUUGCUUGUCCUUGUUUUGCUUACACAGACACGCAGUCGUUUAAAAUAGUACUUAGGUAAAGCAUUAUAAGAAAUAAGGUAUUGGUACAUCUUAUCUAUACCGCUGUAUGUAUUUCGAUCCCCUAUUUUACAACAUUUGUUUUCAAUUUAAGUUAAUGUAUUCUGGAUAUUGUUUGAUGUUAUGACCCCGGAACACUUUGCUUAUUGUGUGUUUUUUGUUUUCAUUAUAAUUUGUUGUGAAUCAGCAUUUUAUUCAAAUAUUGCCUCGGUUCAACGAAAUAUGCACUUGUCUACACUUGUUUGUUUUGUAAACAUGUCAUGUUUACUCUCCUAUGUGUCUUGUAUAUAUUGUUUACUUUGAACCGGCAUGUUGCAUACGUUUUAUUUUUGGAAGAACGUUUUGAUAUGUUCGUAUUGGAAUGGUAAAUAUAGAACAUUACUCUUGCAUGGUGACGUGUGCAUAGACUGAUAAAAAUGCGUUAACUUUGUGUAUAUAUUGUGUACAUAAAACGGACAUAAAUUGUGUGUAUACUAUUUGGACAAACGUGUUUUGUUCAUUUAAUUUUUCAGGUCUAAUAUGUGUUGUACAUGCAUCUUUUUACCGUCAUUAUGCAUUGUGUGUGACAUUGGAAGAGUAAUUAUAAGGUAUAUUUUAGAAAAGGUCGAAAAUGUAAAAAAAAUUUUUAUUUGUUUGUGUUAUAUUGGUACUUGUCUUUUUGUUUUAAUAUGUUUAAUUAUUUAUUUUAAUACAAAAAUAGACAUAAACUUACGUGUGCUUCAUUUUACUGUAUGACAUCAUGUGAUAUGUACCAUUUCAAAUCACUGUUUUAAAUCAGAAAGUAUAACGGAAACAGAAAGUUGAUUAAAAUAGUUUGAUACGUGAAAUACAGUGAGGUUUUGCGUUCUCUAUUUAAUUGUGUAAACACUCUUGUAGUAGUGCUUAAUUUUUAACUCAUAGUAUGCAGGAUAUUACUAUGAACUGGGUGUACAUUGUUGUUUUAUUUUAUUUAUGUUUGCGUGAUUUGUGUGCUUUUUUCUUCAUAAUUUAAUACAUUUGUAAAUAUUUUGUUGAGAUCGUGUGUUUUUAAUGGACAUUUUACUAUAGUUAAUAUUUUAUUUGAAUCCUGAUUCUUGUUGUUUUUGUAUACAUUUAGUGUUGUUCCGCUAUGCUGUAGGUUUUUUACAAACGCCUGGUUAUGAAAAAAAUGUGUAAGUGAAAAUGUCUCAUGUCGUAGAUAAUGUUAAUAAUAUGUCAAAUUAUAUUUACGUAUGUAUUUAUUACUUUGCAAAUGUAAAUAUGAUUGAUUGAUUUUACUAAUGCAAAACACUUGUGUUCACAUGUGCAUAUUACGUUGAAUGCUUCCACUGAUGCUAUGAAAACCGGGACCUUAUAAAUACUUGUUAUGCUACUGUAUACUAUUUCAUGAAAGCAACGACUAAAACUAUUGUUGUUAAAACUUUGUUAUGACAAAUAGUCAUUAUUGAACAGUAUUUGUUUAUUUAUUGUUUAUUGUUCCACUGUACAUAUUGUGAUUGAAGACUUUUUAUAAUUGUAUUGUUAUUUGAACGAGUGUUAUGUGAUGGUGUACGACGUGUCUUAAACAUGUUAAUAGCUCUAUAUAAAUAUACUAAAAGGGGGUCUGCUGAUAUUAGAAAAGCAAAUGUUGAAUACGUAUGAUCAUAGUUGUAGAGUAGUCCUUUGGUUGAAUUUACUCAAUAUUUUACUAAUUAUAAUCUAAUAAUUACAACAAUAAUAAUGUGUUAUUGAAAAUAUUUUGAACUGAUUUGCAGACAUUAGAAAUGUUGGAUUCGAUUUGCUCUCUGAUAUAUAACAGAAAAUACGCAGUAACCUAAUGAAUGAAAAUGAAAUUACAUUGUUGAUUCAAAACGUGAUUGCGCUAGAUGAUUUGUUAGAUGCGUAUCAAAAGGGGGUAUUAUGUACGCAUUUUUAUUGUUAUUAUAAUUGUAAGAUAUUUAAUAGUAUAAUAAUAGUUUAAUAUGAUUUAUUGGACAUGUGUUGCAUACAAAUGUGCAUUGUGUUCACGUACAGAAGCAACUAUCGCUUAAGAUGUGUCUUUUGCAUCGAUAAGGACUGUAAAAGACAUAUGCAACUCUAUUAGUCCAAUCUAAAUAAUUAUGAUCAUCGUUUUUGUUGUGUUGUUGUUACCGUCGGGGGCUAAUGCAGGUUUGGUCCUAAAUUGCGCCAUUAAUACAUGUUAUGGAUUAUCAGGACAAUUUAAUGUAUGUUAACGUAAAAAGAUAUGCGUCGUGGACAAUGAAUCGAUCCAUCUAUUCUAUAACAUACUGUUUUUGCAAGGUACUUACAUUAGGCUAAGUGAUUGUCCAUGUCAUGAUUAAUACCUUACGCUAUAUAAAGCCACAGGACACAAGACACACCAUCAAUUUUGGUUUUUCAACAGUAUCGGUUGAAGUGAUGUUAUGAUUAUUUUUGAUUUAGCAUAAACAUGUUAUAUCCAUUGUAAUUAAUGAGAAUGUGUAUCGAAUGUAUUGACUUUAAGUGUGAUAAUAUUGAUAAAGCAUGUUUUAUGCAUUUGUUCUGUUAAACAUAUUAAACAUGUUUCAACAAAAUAUGUGUACAACUAUCAAAUAAAACAUGCGCAAUUGAGUUAUCACAUGAAUGAUAAAUAUUUAUGUUUAUAUAAAAAAAAAUAGAAGGAUAAUAAUACUUAUGUUUAACUCAUUCUUGAGUGUUUUACUGAUAGUUAUUUGUUUGUUUGUUUCCUUAAAUACGUUUUGUUGAUGUUUUCGUUGGCAUAUUGUCUUAAUAUUUAAAUGUAUGCCUAAGCUUUUUUUUGUUCACUUGUUGUUUUAAUUAAUUUAUGUGUGGUGAGGAUAACCUAUUGGCAAGUUUAAUAAGUAAAACGGGUAAUAGAAUUAAGUAAAAUAAAUGUAUGACAAAAGUUUAUAACUUUAAUAAAGCUUUAGCUAUUGCUUGACGGACAUUUCGAAAUGUCUUCAGUCAAUGAAGUAUUUUAACGGUCGAUUUUACGAUAUGCUGUAGGACAUAAAUAACCUCGUCCUUAUCAUGUCCGAAAAACCCUUCAUACUUAAAAGAAAUAUUUUGAAUGGCAUGUCCGCUAAAUUUUAAAGAACAUCUAGGUUACAUUUAUUUUGCCAAAUACAAUUUUUAAAUAUUGUUAAUAUGAAAAAAGAAGUAUGUCAAUCGUUAUAUGAUAUGUCUUUUUUCAUUAUAUUUAAAACAUUCAUGGUGAACGUGCAUAUUCUAUAUUGGUUAUGUGCAUAUAUGCUGUUAUAUAUGUUGCAGCAACGUAAUGCAAUUAUUAAUUCAGCUAUAUCUGUUUGUGUAGAUUUCUUUUUUAGUAUUCAAUAUGUGUUAAUUUCAUAAGGUGUAAAACAGUUGUUUUGUUUCCACCAGCCAUAUCGACCAUAAAUUUUCCAGGCAACCGUAUAAAAUGUCUUGCGUUCCAAGGUUUUUGCAAAUUAGUACAUAUAACGAAAGGAAGAAUUGUGACUUAUAAGAUAAUUUUCAUCAGAGAUUCAUAUUUAAUUGAAAAGUAACUCUUGUUAUCUUUACGUUAAGUAUAGUGAAAACAAGUUAACGAAACAUAAUGCCGACCUUCGUCAAAUAGCUUUCGCUAGUGGAAAAAACAAUGUUUUGACCUAAGUAUAUUCCUAAUCGUAAACUAAUUAUGGCUAGUAAAUACUUCUCAGAUUUUUGUUCAUACAUGUAUUUACUUAUUUUAUUUAUUGCAUUCUGUUAUUGUGACUUUGUUACUUUAUGUACAACUAAAACUAUGCAAAUGUUUGUAUUCAGAUAUAUCUGUUUGCAUAUUAUGUGGAGAAUUUAGUAUGCUUAUAUCUCAUUCUAACAUGAUAUUCGAUGACCUCGGCGUACACAAAGAAUACUAGUGUCGUUUUUGAACAUUUUAAUAAAAACGCAAAAAAUACACUAAUGUAAACAUUUCCACAUUACAAUUUCAAAAGUAUUAUUUAUUCAAUUAAUUACAGGUUAGAAUUAAAAUCGUGUUCUUGGUGUCGCUGUUGUUUAGACAUUAAACAAUUGUUGUUCGAUAAAUCUAGAAUUAUCAUUUACUAAUGACAUAAUGUAAUACAUUAAUAAAAAUUUAGACUAAAAUGCCAUAAAGGACAGUGUUUAUUUAAAAAAAAAAAAAAUUAAGCAUAAAUGCUUCAUCACAAAUUAAUUAUAUAUCAGUCAUAGCCUUUGCUUAAACCAUGUCAUUCACAAUAUACAAUAAUGAUAAUAAUAAUAAAUUAUAAUUCUUAUCUUUCUUAUUAUUAUAAUGAUUUAGUAGUAGUAGAAGUGUAGUUUAAUUAUUAUUAUUAUUUUAUUAUUAUUUUUAUUAUUAGUAUGAUGACUACUACUACUAUGUAUUGUAACUUGUGAAUCACAAACUUAAGACCAGAGUGUAUGAUUUUAAGAUUCUAGGAAACGACUUGAGGUUUAGAAAUAAAAAUUAUGUAUGGAAUGUUAAAAAAUAUAAAUACUACAAACUAUAUUUACUAAUUGUGUCAUUGCUUAUUGAUGUAUAAUAAGCGUUUCCGUCUGACAGCUCUGUUGUAACAGUUAUAAUUUAAAAUCACAGUAAAAUAUACGAUUUUAUCUGAAAGAUUGUUGACUGCAAAUACAUAACAAACAGGCAUAACAUAUCUUCUUAUAAUGUACAUGUAAUUGACUUGUUAAAUGUAACUUUAAUACAUUAUUCACUUAUUUACUAUCAAAGAAAUCUAGGAACUUAAUAUGAAAGCUCUGGUCUUACUUUGUGCGCUUCAAAAUGCAAGCUUAAUUACAAAACUGUUAUUCAAAAUUUGGCAAAAUUAAAAAGCAGACAAAUUAUUGGUUUUACCCAGUUCUUAUCGGUUUACGUUAUGAAACACGUGUUCAUUCGUAGGCUGCAUUUUAGAUUUAAUAUGCAUUAUAUAUUGUUAUCUAUAAAGCUUUACUCUAAACAAUCUUUGCCUUACAAAUAAAACUUCUUCAUAAA